AUGGCAACUCUCCCACAGCAGGCUCCAGGGCCAGGUCCGACAGCCCAGGCCCUGCCUUCUUACCUUUCGUACUCUGCAGCGGCCACCAAUGUCAUCCAGUACACAUCGGUUAUCACCCAAGUCAUUUAUGACCCGCAGGGCGCCUUCGGACCUUAUCAAACGCUCAGCACCGUUCGAGGAACGACCACCUCGAUAGAAUAUUCGGUCGUCAACGUUCCGCUACUUUAUACGGGGCCUUUCCCAGCUCCAGAUCUAGGAACGCUCUACACGACACCAGGACAAAUCUUGCCUUCGCAGACGACAGCAUCUAAUGCGCCAGGAGGAAGCACAAGCGCAGCUGCGAGUAGCGUUGCCACAGAGACCCCAGCAGCAUCUUCUCAGCCUUCAGCGUCUGCCGUACCGACUGCCUCUCAGCCCGUAUCUUCUUCAUCGGCACCAUCAGCAACCGACACAGCAGCCAGCACGCAAGAUGGCUCGGUGACAGCCGAGUCUGCACCCUCGACGUCACUAACACCAACAGCAACCUCUCCGACAACCCUGCCGCCCACCUCUCCGACACUAACCCCAUCAACGACCGACACAGCAGCCAGCACACAAGAUGGCUCGGUGACAGCCGAGUCUGCGCCGUCGACGCCGCUGUCACCAACAGCAGCCCCUCCAACAAGCCUACCGCCAAACUCUUCGGCACCGACAGCGUCGACGAAUGCGCCUGAAAGCAGUGCGACUAGCCUCACAGCAACGCAGGCACCAUCGUCGAUCAUCUCAACUACCAAUACAGGAACGCCGAGCAGCACGAACACUGAGACGACCAUGUCAUCUACGACAGGAUCCGGAGCCACUACCUCUAGCAACCCCUCAGCGACAGCGGCUGGGGCACCGAAUCCUCAAAACCGGUCCAGUAGUGGACUAUCUGGCGGCCAGAUUGCCGGCAUUGUGCUUGGAGCUUUCUUCGCCUUGCUCUUGCUGCUGCUCUUGCUGCUCUGCUGCUUGCGACGGCGGCGAAAGAGACGGCAUGAGCGUUCGAUUCUCGCAGCAGCGACGGGAUCAGGAUCGCGUUCGCAAGCCGGCGGGGGCGCUCGCGGCAAUUAUGCUUCUCUUGGAGCAGGGGCAGGCGCUGCAGGCUUUUGCGCUGCCAGCGCUGCUGCCGGCGCGAGACGUCGAGAAAGCCUCGACAGCGACGAUUGGGAGGAAGACCAUCUUAGCGGAGGUGGUCCCAAUUCUGGGUUCUUCGUCGUCGGCGGUCAAAGACUGGGUCCUGAUCGACCCGCAAGCCUGGCUUCUUGCAGAUCACGAGGCUCCAAUCCCGCCGCCACCCGGGCAAGCCCCAGCUAUUCUGCUGCCAAUGUUACUCCUUCUGCCUCCUCGAACGGACUCAGAACGGCAGGCUUCGCGAGUCUCGCUGCGGCGGGAGCUGGAUUCUUCGGUGCCGCCUUUAGGAGAAACAAAGACAAGCCUCGUGUAGAGAUCGAGGAAGAACAGCACCUCAGCGACGACGAUCUCGGUGACGGAAGCAUGGCCGAACGACGUGGACUGAUGCCAUUCCAUGACUCGCCGGGAAGCGGACACGGAUCUGGCACUGAGAUGCGCGAGGCUUCGCCCAGGCUGAUGGGUCCCGCUGCGGCAAUGCUUGGACCUUCUGGCGCAGCACUGUACUACUCCGGUCGACGCAGAGGAGACAGCGGGGAUCCUGGAAGUCCAUCGAGAGCUCCAUUCCAGCUGGGGCAUGGAUUGACACUGGCGAACGCGGCAGCCAGCAGCACGUCGCGACCGGCCUCGUCGGGUGCUUUCUCAGGUUCAGGCUCAGGAACAGGAUCAAGCAGCCACGCUACGGGCGCCACAGGAAGCUCUCAGACUCAAAGAGCUGGUGGAGCGGUCACCAUGAGCAGCAGCAACAGCACUGGUGGAUUCACGACCAGCGGUGGCAGUGGCAGCGGGACGAGCUUGCCACCACCUCCACGAGCUCCACGCACUUCGCCAAGGAACGCAGCGUCUUCGACGCUCGGCAACGUCCCUCCAACGUCCGGUACAACUUUUGCACCUGGCGCUGUUGGUUCGAACAGCCCUAAUCCGCGCCUCUCUACGGACACAUCAGAUAGUGACACGCCUGGUAUGGGUGGAUUGAGUCCGGCGCUACUGGGUCUAGGUGGCGGUACCGCCCUUGGCGGGCUGGCGGCUUUGGCUGCCGGACACCGGGACAGCGAAGGCAGCACAUAUUCAGGACGCAAUCCAGCUUUGAGAGCAUCCCACGCCUCUGGCAUGUCAGAAGACGAGCUGCGGCAUCUGCGCUCCACGGAUCCGGAGCGUUACAGUCGAUUCAUCUCAUCUGGAAGCAAUCUCUUGGGCCCUGACUACAAGCCUUCGCCAGAGCUCGAGGAGGGACCAUCGUCAGGCGUCGCUACCGAACGCGCAUCGCCCGCAGUUGGAGCCUUAGGCCAGGGCGCACCUGCGACAGGACGCACUCGACUCGCGACCAUCCCUAGUGUCAGCGAAUUCGGAGAGAGGAGCGAUGGCGAAAAGACAGCCAGCCAAAGCACGGGUAAUCGGACGGCCUCGUCGCAGGACGUGCCGCCGGGUCUCCGUGCUGUCAGCGGCAAUUCUGGAUCCUUAGGCGCUGCUUCGACUGGUUCACGACGUAUUGUUUCGCCUCUUCCUGUCUACGAGCAGCAACAGGCUCAAGGUGGGGAGAGUCUGCCCAUUUAUAGCGUACAGGACCAACCGCCUGCUUUGGGAGCGGAGCGACGUCCAAGCGAAGGUCAACUGUCUGAGCGAUCCGGUCAAUUUGUCACGCCGCCUGAUUCGCCUCGCAACAUACGCCGAAGCUCGGAAGUGCCACGACAUUCCGAUGCUAGCGAGGCAGACGUUGGAGAGGCAACUCUUGGGCUUCAGGAAGACGACGAAGAUCUAGCAGGCGCCGAUCACACCGGUGCUGGUGAUGCAAGUGCUGGCAUCCUAGGCGGCGUAGCUGCUGGCUGGCGUCGUCUGACGAUGGGCCAAUACGCAUGGAUUCCUGGAACCUCUUCCCCAUCGAGAGGAGAUCAACCGGCUGCUUCAGCUCCUCGAGACUCUUCUGGCGACCUCGACGACGAUUUGGAAGGACGCGACAGUCACGAUACUCAGCCUUUUCGUGUAUCGGAGGACUCGAGCAGACUGAUUCAUCCAUCGAGACGCACAUCUCGAUUCGAAACCAGCGAAGCGUCAGGUCUGGCGCCGCAGAUCAGCAGUCAAAGAGCCAGCGUGUAUGGUGCAUCAGCUUUGGGACACGGCACGAGCGGAAGCUCACCUGCCCACGCAUCGAGUAAGGAAGCCUCCGGAAGCAGCGGUGAGCAGCAAGCUAGAAUCGCUGCUGCGCUCAGCUCAGCAGCUGCUGCUAGAGCCGCAGCGUCGUCGAGGCAGCGCUCGUAUCCAAGCCUGUCGAGUCAGAAUUCGAGGGGAGGCGGAUAUGCUGCUAGCCAUUCGAACUCGUCGAUGAGCGGACGCAGAACGGCGAGCGACAAUUCUGGACUCGACAGUCUGAGUGCUGCAGCGCAACUGAGCUCCCGCAGCACGGGCAGCGGCUCUUCGCGGUCCGGCUACCUUUCGAGCGGCCGUGGUGGCGUCAGCCCGAGGACCGAUGCAAGCUUGGGCAGUGGGGCUUCCACGGGCGCGGCCAGCUACAGUCCGAGUGGCCUGCUCAGCCGAGACAAUACGACAAGUACGCGCGGUGCGGCUGGCGUCGAUGAAUCUGCUCGGACGGGCGAUGCCACUUACUACCCUUCAAGAAGAAGCGGUGAAACGGCUUCCAGCAUUGUCACGGACGUAGCAGAAGCAGCGACUUCCGAAGGCGACUUUACCAGCAGUCGCGCCACCGGCGGUGGCAGUUCAUUGGAGAAACGCAAACGACCUCGUAGCUCGGGUGGUCUCGACAGCUUGCAAGAAGAUCCGUUCGGAGACGUCGAAGCGCCCGAGGAGAUGCCAGAGGAAUACCAACCGGCAGGUGGAUACUAUCCUAGCGGAUCUCUUGGUGCAGCAGUAACGCGAUCGGCUGCACAACAGUUCAACGACACCCCAGGGGAUGCCUCUAGAGCUCUUCCGCAACGCCGUCGAAUCCGUUCUUUGCAACCAGGCGCAUCUACUCCUGCUCCCACAGCACUAGCACCUUCGCUGUCUACUCCGUCACCCGGCUCUGCCAGCAACGUCGAUUUGAGCCAGGUUCAGCCGGAGCAUUCGCAGCUGCCUUCGACAGGCAGUGGCUCAGGUCUAUCUAGUGUUCCUGCCUCUGCAAGCUGGAGACCGUCACCGCGAGUCGCAAGUGCCUCGUCUGCGGCCGAAGCACAAGCAGCUCUGCUCCGAGCUCAAGAACGACGUCCGAGCGGUCCGAGGGACAUGCUCGGUGCCGGAGGCGGGCCUACACCACCGCGUACACAAGCUGGAUCGCCUUCGGCCGGCAAUCGGGGUGCCUCGCUCAACUGGGCCGAUAUCGAUUCGAACGCACGACAGACGGACGUCGAUGUAGAGACUGCUGCUCAGGGAACUGAUCCUUCGACGGCCGAUGCUGAUGAACCGAGUCGUUCUUUCGGUUUAGGCAGAUUCCUGCGGUUCUGA